GGAUCUCAGCCCCGCCCCUCGCUCUCUCUGCGAGCCGAGCUGGAGGAUCAGCCGCCGGCAUCUCAGCGACCAUGGACCGAGGAGGAGGUGGAGGAGGAGGAGGAGGAGGAGGGGGAGUGCGGGGUCCAGCUCUCCCCCCGGGCGCCUCGGAGCCGUCCCCGGGGCCCGGGGCCGCCAGAGAACCGGAGGGACGCGUCCCGGUACCGAUGAACCUGUUUGCGACCUGGGAGAUCGACCGGUGCUCUCCGAGCUGCGUCCCCAGGCUGUGCAGUCUGACUGUGAAGAAGCUGAUGGUUUUAAAGGAGCUGGACCGAGAGCUGAGUUCUGUCGUCAUCGCUGUUAAGAUCCAGGGCUGCAAACGGACUCUGAGAUCUAACGAGUACCUGCUGCCUCCAGACGGCCUGAUGGAAACAGACCUGGAGCUCACCUUCUCCCUGCAGUAUCCUCACUUCCUGAAGCGUGACUCUAACCGUCUCCAUGUGAUGCUCCAGAGGAGGAAGCGCUAUAAGAACAGAACGUUCCUGGGCUACAAGACGCUGGCGGUGGGCGUGGUCAACAUGGCCGAGGUGAUGCAGCGACCCACAGACAGAGCCCACGUCCUCGGUCUCCAUAGCAACCUCAAGGAUGUUUCAGUGCGCACGGCGGAGCUGAGCGUCCACGCUCUGUCCAGUCAGCCCAUAGAGCAGGAGGACGGUCACCGUGGCAACAAGACCAAGGCAUCAGGUUUCUCUCUGGACGCAGAGACAUUCUGGGAGGACGAGGAGGACAGUUUCUCCUCUGGACAGGAAGGAAGUGACGACGCUGUACAUCCACAGGACUUAUUUGACGAUGGCGACGAUGACGUCCAGGGAAAGACGAAGAAAACAAUGAUGCAGACAGGAUCCCUGUCUCAGCAGCCGAACUUCAAGCAAAAGUUUGUGGCUCUGCUCAAGAAAUUCAAAGUCACCGAUGAGGUUCUGGACUCGGACCCGGUGGGUCCGGGUCAGGAGGCCGAGGAGGACCUGGACCUCCUCUACGACAGUUUGGAGCUUUACAACCCGAGUGACAGCGGCCCCGAGCUGGACGACAAUGACAGCCUCCAGAGUACACCCAAACCAAAACUCAGGCCGUUCUUUGAGGGCAUUUCUCAGAAUGAGACUGGGAGAAACCAACAAAGAGAACAAACAGCUGCGUCUUCACAUCUGCUUCCCUCUGAAGCUCAGGGCCCUGCGGAAGUUGAGGAUGAAGUUGCCAUGGCAACAGACGCAGGACCGGCGGCCAAGCUCUGCAGAACCGAGUCCCAGACGCACAUGUCACCAAGCAGGGCAGGAAGCCAGGUGCCUCGCCAUCCAUGGAGCAUGUCCACGAGAGACAGACAAAACUCGAGAGGGACGGAGAGGACGAGCAGCGUUGACAGUGAGACGUCAAGUGACUACAGGACGCCUGCUCCACAGGUGGCCAGGAAGUGUGUUUUGGAUCAGGUGAACCACAUCCUGUUCUCCGAUGAACACAUACCUGAGUACGUCAUUUUGAUCAACACCACAGACUGGCAGGGACAGUAUCUGUCUGAGGUUCUGUUCGAUCAGCCAAUCAUCUGCACCGUCUCAGCCGCUGAUGUCCAGGCUGCACUCAGCGCCGUCAUCGCUCGCAUCCAGAGAUUCUGUAACUGUAACUCCCAGACUCCGCCCACGGUGAAGGUGGCGGUGGGUGGAGAUCAGGUUUACCUCAGCACCGUCCUCUGUUGCUUCGUGGAGCAGCUGGCCAGCAAGACGCCUGAUUGGCUGAGCUAUGUCCGCUUCCUCAUCCUACCUGUUGGCAUCCACCCGCUGGCCAAGUACCUGUCCUCCCUGGACGGGAGGUUCAGUGGUCUCUUCAUGGAUGCUGGAUGGAGGGAGCUGUUUGGACAAUUGGAGCCUCCUCCUCUGGAUCCAGUGGGCGUGGCCAGUCGUGUUUCUCAGUAUUUGUCUGGAGCAAAUGUUUCUCACCCAUGUCCGAUCUCUGAGGCCAUGCUGACCUGCAAACACAAGAGCCUCGACAAUGACUCCUGUCAGAAGUUUGUUCCUUUCAUCGCGCUGGUGAAGGUCGGAGUCGUGGAGCACGACUUCCUGUCCACCUCAGUGGACUCUGAUGACACCACACUGGGAUCUCCUCCCUCCCAAUCAGGAGCCCCCUUCACCUCCACGCCGCCCCCCUCCCCCUCCAUCAGCUGUCCAGCCGAGGUGAUGGGUCUACAGGUGGACUACUGGAGCAGUCAGGCCGGCGGAGGAGGAGGAGGAGGAGGAGAGAGGAGGAAGGAGGUUGGCAUGAAGAACACCCUGAAGAGCAACUUCCGCUGUCUUCAGGUGUCGAGGCUCGGAGGAGGAGAUGUGAUGAGUAUGACGGUGGUUACGAAGGAGAAGAACAAGAAAGUCAUGUUCCUCAGUAAGAAGAUGAAGGAGAAGGAGGCGGAGUCGAGGAGUCAGCUGAUUGAAGGCAUCAGCAGGCUGAUCUGUACCUCCAAACACCAACACACACUCAGAGUGUCCAUAGACGGGGUGGAGUGGAACGACGUGAAGUUUUUCCAGCUAGCCGCUCAGUGGCCAACACAUGUCAAACACUUUCCUGUUGGGAUCUUCGGCUACAACAAGCCCUGAAGCUCCUCCACCUCCUCACCUGGAUCACAUGACCCCCUGUGGGCGUGUCCAGGUGAGACAACCUGUUGUACCUUUUACUUUUUUAUAUGACAUGUAUUUAUCACUUCUUGUAAAAAUGUCUACAGAGCUUCAUGUGUUCAUUCGUAGUUGUUUUAUUUAUUUUAUUUAUUGUAGGUGGAUGUAUUGCUCAUUAAUGUCUGACUUGUAAAGUUAUAUUAAACAGUUGUCAUAGCAGCGAAAAAAUUGAUGAACGUGCAGCUUCAUUGUUAAUCAGUGACUGUUAAGAUUUCAACAAAGAGACAAACAACCACUAACAGGCUCAUGAUGUGUAAACGUAGCAAUUAAUCUCGAAAGAUUUCACCUGUAAAUCUUAGAUCUAGGGAAUCCUGAAUGGUACAAACUGUAUUACCCAUGAUGCUCAGCUACUGAAGAUCCCUGGAAGAGUUGCCUCAGUUAGCAGAGCCUUUAAUGUUCAGUCAGAUCAUGUUGUUGUUUACUUUCAAUCACUGCUCAUCUGUCAAUGUGUGAAACAGAACAAAAAGUCAUUCUGAUCUCUGUCAGACGUCUGUUUUCAGAGCUGUGGUCCAGUUAAGUGUGAGAAGGACAGCACCGAAGACAUGUCGCUAACUCUACUUUAAUAUUUCAACAGUUUACAUCAUCGAAAUCAACCAAUCACAUCAGAGAAUAUCUGUUAACUAAUGGAUCCACUGCUGCGGCAGAGUCUCUUUACAGUAAAGACUGACUACAUUUCACACUCAGUGCAGAUACAGGAUUCAUGUUGGUGCAACACUAUUGCAGUUGUCCUGCAGGUUUUCAGAGCUACCUCCUUCAUCGUGGACUCUACGGUGGACGUGGUGUCAAAAUCCAUGCUCGUCAAAAAUAAACAGUUUAGGUGUCUGUGAAGGUUCUCAGUCGUCUAAAAAAAAACAAAGUUGAAACAAGGACAACUGGACUGGUAGAGUUCCUUGAAGACGUUUCAUCCAAGUCUUCAGCUCUGAAGGACUGGUGGGGGUCUGGGGCUGGGGUUUAAAAAGGGACAUCCGUCAGAAACUUUAGGUUAAACACUGCUAAAGUGUUCAGGUGAGUCCUAAAGGAAAAUGUGAAAAUGAACGGUGUUGGAAGUCAGCAGCCUGAGAGGUUCCACUUGAACCUUUUCCAUGUUAAGUCCUGGAUUAGGGUGAAACAAACUAAAAGAACUUACACAGUUUGAAUGUGAUUUUUAAGACCAGUUAUCAAAGAAGCUUUAUAAACCUGUCAGAGCUGUGAUAUAUUCUUUGAAACCAUUUGAAGAAGCAGUUUGAACCUUCAGAUGUUCUGAACCUUUA